AUGUCCUCCUUCUCCUCCGAAAAUAUGACAUCAUCGCGCGACCAUUCCUUCGACGACUUUGAAGUUCCAUCAUCAUCGGGGAAAAACAAGAAGAAAUUAAAGACCAACAAAAAGCGCAUAUUCACCGUCGCGCUCGUCGCCUCGGAUUGUUUUCUCAUCGGGUUACAACCUAUAUUAGUCCAUUUGACGAAAAAUUCGAGAGGAGGGUUCGCGUACCACCCGGUGUCGGUGAACUUUAUCACCGAAGGGACGAAAGUGAUAUUCGCGAUUGUGUUUCUGAUGGUGCAGGUACGAGUGACAUUUUUACGCUUUUCUCGGAGCGCUCGCGAUGGUUACGGUGACAUUUUUUUCUCAUCCGUUCUUCUUAUGUGA